GCGAAGGUGGAAGAACGAAACAAGGUUUACUAUGCAAAGUAUCCUCAACAUGUUCGAAAUGAUCGAAAUUCAGACAAGUCUGCCUCCAUCAAGUUGUUUGGCAACAAUGUUGUUAUUCCGAACGGCGGAAAUCUGACGGUCUCAUGGUGGCAACAACUCGGCCUGCAGUUUGGAUCGCAUGGGAGGUUUCUAUUCACUCUCGUGUCCCGAGCGAUCACAGACUUGAACACCUUUUGGAAGCUCUCAUAUGGGCUUAUCAACAGUAUACAGAGAACACAGAGCUUUGACACCAACCGGAUUUACGCAGUGCUUCACGAGCCUAUCUACUGCCAAGGGUGGAAGGCAGGCUGUUCUGCUCAGCGCGUCAUUCAAAAGAACAACAGGUUUGUUUGGGAAAAAGUGAGGUCUGAUAAUGUCCCCAUUUGCUUUACGAGGGAGAUGGUACAUAUUCCUGACAUGUUUGAAGACUAUCCUCAUCUACGUCCCCUGCGAGGCGCAGCCAAACUGUUGGUUUAUGAUGAAGAUUGGUCUAUGUUGUAUGACAAAGAGGCCCUGAAAAUGAACCAAGUGAAAGUAAACGCUGCA